AACCAAACCCAUUACAACGUCGCCCCUCCUCUUCUACGUUUCCUUUUGCUUCCCCUCCAGUUCUAGGGCUCUUUGCCCCAAAACCCUCACCCUUACCGUAACCCUAACCCUAAAAUGGAUCCAUCGAAGAGGAAGCGCGGCCGCAAGCCGAAGCCCCCCGUGGCGGAGACCAUGGACCUCCAGAAGCCUGGCUCCGGCGCCGCGCCGUCGCCCUCCGCCCUCGACGACGGCGAGGCCGCCUCCGAGCUCUCCUCGCCGCGGCCCCUCAAGGGGCGCGGCCGGCCCCGGAAGACGCGGCGCCAGGGCCGCUCCGCAGCCGCCGUCGGCGGCGGCGACGACGACGUGGGCGACAAGGGUCCCUCGUCCCCCCACCGUAGGGGCUCGCAGGUCGUCGCCGCCAACGGGGAGGUCCUGCCGAUCGUCGGCGUGGAGCCACCGCCGCCGCCAAGGUGGGACCAGGUGGUGAAGGUGAUGCCCUCCAUGGACGCCGUCGUCAAGGUGUUCUGCGUGCACACCGAGCCUAAUUUCUCGCUGCCGUGGCAGCGGAAGCGGCAGUAUAGCUCAAGUAGCAGCGGCUUCAUUAUCUCGGGGCGGCGGGUGCUGACGAAUGCCCAUUCGGUGGAGCACUACACGCAGGUUAAGCUGAAGAAGCGUGGGUCUGAUACCAAGUAUGUGGCGACCGUGUUAGCCAUUGGGACAGAGUGCGAUAUUGCAAUGUUGACCGUCAGUGAUGAUGAAUUCUGGGAAGGCGUUCCUCCAGUGGAGUUUGGAUCAUUGCCUGCCCUCCAGGAUGCUGUUACUGUUGUUGGCUAUCCUAUUGGAGGAGACACAAUCUCUGUAACAAGUGGUGUUGUUUCAAGAAUAGAGAUACUAUCUUAUGUCCAUGGCUCCACAGAACUUUUAGGCUUGCAGAUUGAUGCAGCUAUAAAUUCAGGAAAUUCAGGCGGUCCUGCUUUUAAUGACAAAGGCAAAUGUGUUGGCAUAGCAUUUCAGUCUCUUAAACAUGAAGAUGCAGAGAAUAUUGGCUAUGUCAUACCUACUCCUGUUAUCAUGCACUUCAUUCAAGACUAUGAGAAGUCAGGAGAAUAUACAGGGUUCCCUAUACUUGGCGUCGAAUGGCAGAAAAUGGAAAAUCCUGAUCUCCGCAAAGCCAUGGGAAUGAAGUCAGACCAGAAGGGUGUGCGUGUGAGGAGAGUAGAGCCUACUGCACCAGAGUCGCAGUGUUUGCAGCCAUCUGAUAUUAUUCUGAGCUUUGAUGGUGUUCAUAUUGCUAACGAUGGAACAGUUCCUUUCAGACAUGGUGAGCGCAUUGGGUUUAGUUAUCUUGUUUCUCAGAAGUAUACUGGCGAGAAGGCUGUGGUUAAAGUUUUACGUAAUUCAAAAGUUCAUCAAUUCAACAUAAAGCUUGCGACUCACAAAAGGCUUAUUCCUGCUCACAUUAAGGGGAAGCCUCCAUCAUAUUAUAUUAUUGCUGGCUUCGUCUUUACAACCGUCUCUGUUCCUUAUCUUCGUUCAGAGUAUGGCAAGGAUUACGAGUACGAUGCACCUGUCAAGUUGUUGGACAAGCAUCUGCAUGCAAUGUCACAAUCACCUGAUGAACAGCUGGUGGUGGUUUCCCAGGUUCUUGUAGCAGAUAUUAAUAUUGGUUAUGAAGAUAUUGUCAACACUCAGGUACUUGCUUUCAAUGGUCAACCAGUUAAAAAUCUGAAAAGCUUGGCGGCCAUGGUAGAGAAUUGCCAGGAGGAGUUUUUGCAGUUUGAUUUGGAAUACCAACAGAUUGUAGUACUCGAGACAAAGACUGCGAAGGCUGCAACGCAGGACAUUCUUACGACACACUGCAUACCUUCGGCAAUGUCUGAGGAUUUAAUGACAUGAGGGGAAGCAACAUGGAGAUUGAGGCACCAUGUCCUUUUUAUUGCGGAAAUUCUGAUGCCAAAUUUCAUUUUUCUUUCCUCUACCCCACC